AUGAAGCCAUUUGGAGGACUUAUUCUGCCAGAUACUUCCGUGAAUGAAGACAUUUUGACCAACUCCUGCCACCACUAUAGCCUUCCUGGUGGAUUUUUCGAUCGCAAUAGAUCCGUAGGAUCGGGCCAUGAAGAACACUCUUCCACAUCAGAGACUAUCAUUGACGGUAUUGAAAACGCAUCUGAGCUCACUGCACAGCGCAUGAAACGCAGUGUCGAGAACGAAUUCAAUGAUAUUAGCGGUCCCCGAAGGAAGAAAGCCCGCAAAUUUUCUCCAACGACGGCUGAGAUAACUCCUGAAAACAAGGCCAUACAAGACAAAAGUAAAGAAUCUCCAACUAGAGUAUUUCAGGAGUUGUUUAAAAGUAAGCAUCAUGCCGAUAAAUCAUUGGAAACCAUCAUAGAGCUACAUCGCAAACCGGUGUCAGAUUGUUCCUUUCCGGCAGAUGACGAAUCUUUUCCCAAGACAGAUGAAGAAUAUCGUCAGAGGGUUCGCCAGGUAUUCGAUGCCAUCUGCGACUGGUCGCAUAUUUUGGAGUGGAGGACAGUCUUGCCUAAGGGCCAAGAGAAUCGCAUCAGUGCUGAAUUCUCACAAGACAGACCGGAGCGCCGUCAGGGGGAGUCCAUGGACGAUCCACCGGCAGACUUUAUGCCAACCGAAGCCGAACUUGUCAAAAUACUGCCGCCCGUUGAAGAUCAACAGCGAAGGGUCCUAAGGCAAAUACCUAAUGACCAGACAAUUGAAUGGAUUUCAUGGGGCAUUGUGGGUGCAGCUAUCAAGUCCCAGCAGGGGAAUACCCAAGUUCCAUACUGGUGCGUCUCGGAAGGCGGUUAG